UAAAAAUGGUUGUUCUUCACAAUCACAAGAGUGGAACUGAUAUAGUGAUGGCAAAACACGGCAAUAACGAUCGAAAAGACCAUUUUUUUUGUGUUUUCUCUGUUUGUUAGCAACUAUGUUGAAGGUUUUGUCAGCUUCGUAUUUACAGGGUAGAUUGCAGAGCUUGUCUGCGAAGCUUCCUCCCAAUGUUCAUUAUGGAGAAUCAAGAGCUCCAUUGCUGCGAGUUUUAAGUUCUUUAAGAAGCUCGAAUUCCCAAAACCCUAAUUUAUGUAAAAGAGUAUUCUUUUGUUCGGAGUCUGGUGAUGGCUCCAAUCCGGUGGUUGAGGCUGAGGAGAAAUCCGGAGAAGCCGAAGCUGCUACGGAGAGUGCGGAGGAGAUCGAUUCUAAAGCUUCAUCGGCUAUCGUCCCAACUUAUCCCAGGCCAGAGGAUUACCUCACGGUUUUAGCAUUGCCAUUGCCGCAUCGACCACUAUUUCCAGGUUUCUAUAUGCCAAUCUAUGUUAAGGAUCCUAAAUUAUUGGCAGCUUUAGUGGAGAGCCGUAAAAGACAAGCCCCGUAUGCUGGUGCAUUUCUUCUGAAAGAUGAGCUGGGGACUGAUCCCAGUCUUCUGUCUCAUUCAGAAACGGAGAAGAAUAUGUAUGAUCUUGAAGGGAAAGAGUUAUUUAACCGUCUUCAUGAAGUUGGUACGUUGGCCCAGAUUACUAGCAUCCAAGGGGAUCAGGUUGUGCUUCUUGGCCAUAGGCGGCUACGCAUCACUGAGAUGGUCAGUGAGGAUCCCCUUACGGUGAAAGUUGAUCAUCUCAAGCAUAAACCAUACAAUAAGGAUGAUGAUGUCAUAAAGGCAACAUCUUUUGAAGUUAUUGCGACUUUAAGAGAUGUUCUGAAGACAAGUUCCCUUUGGAGAGAUCAUUUCCAAACAUAUACCCAGCAUAUUGGUGAUUUCAAUUUGCCAAGAUUAGCAGAUUUCGGUGCUGCUAUCUCUGGGGCAAACAAGCUGCAAUGCCAACAAGUGCUUGAAGAACUAGAUGUAUAUAAGCGUUUAACAUUGACUCUAGAACUGGUGAAGAAAGAGAUGGAGAUCAGCAAGAUACAGGAAUCAAUAGCAAAAGCAAUCGAAGAAAAAAUAAGUGGUGAGCAGCGCCGCUACUUGUUGAAUGAGCAACUUAAGGCAAUAAAGAAGGAGCUAGGCCUGGAGACUGAUGACAAAACAGCACUCUCUGAAAAAUUUAGGGAAAGACUUGAACCAAAUAAGGAGAGAUGUCCACCUCAUGUUUUGCAAGUCAUAGAAGAAGAGCUCACAAAGCUACAGCUUUUAGAGGCCAGUUCAAGUGAGUUUAAUGUCACUCGCAACUAUCUCGAUUGGCUCACGUCAUUGCCUUGGGGUAACUACAGUGAUGAGAAUUUUGAUGUUCAUCGUGCUCAAGCAAUACUAGAUGAAGACCAUUAUGGUCUGACUGAUGUUAAGGAGCGUAUAUUGGAAUUUAUAGCUGUUGGAAAACUAAGAGGAACUUCACAAGGAAAAAUCAUUUGUCUCUCUGGGCCUCCCGGAGUGGGUAAAACAAGCAUUGGUCGUUCCAUUGCACGUGCCCUGAAUCGGAAUUUCUAUCGAUUUUCUGUUGGAGGGUUGGGUGAUGUAGCUGAAAUCAAGGGGCAUCGUCGAACCUAUAUUGGUGCCAUGCCUGGAAAGAUGGUGCAAUGCCUAAAGAAUGUGGGGACAGCAAACCCCUUGGUUCUGAUUGAUGAGAUUGACAAGUUGGGAAGGGGGCAUGCUGGUGAUCCAGCAAGUGCCUUGUUGGAGCUUCUUGAUCCAGAGCAAAAUGCUAACUUUCUGGACCAUUAUCUUGAUGUUCCCAUUGAUGUAUCAAAGGUUCUUUUCGUCUGCACAGCAAAUGUAGUGGAAAUGAUACCCAAUCCUCUUCUGGACAGAAUGGAGAUUAUCACCAUUGCUGGUUACAUCACUGAUGAGAAGGUGCACAUUGCCAGGGAUUAUUUGGAGAAUAAAACAAGAGAAGCUUGUGGUAUCAAGCCUGAACAAGUUGAACUGACAGAUGCAGCUCUUCUUGCUCUGAUAGAAAAUUACUGCAGAGAAGCAGGAGUUCGAAAUCUACAAAAACACAUAGAGAAGAUUUACCGCAAGAUUGCUCUGCAACUUGUAAGAAAAGGAGAAUCAAAUGAACCGUCUCAAGUUGUUGGAUCGAAUGAAGCGAAAGAGGAAUCUAUUAAUGAAUUGAAUGAAGCAGUGGUAGUAGAGGAAAUCCAGGUUGGUUCUGAACCAGGAGAAGGUAUCAAUGAAAAGCUGCACAGUGAAAUGCCCACAGUGGCUGACCAAAUCCAGACAGAUAUGCAAGCUGAUGAAAAUGCGUGCAAAGAUGAUCAAAUAGUUGAUUCAAAGGACAAUAUAGGAAUUGAGAGAAGCCAAGAAAAUGAAGCAAGUAAGGCAUUUGAGAAAGUUCUGAUUGACGCAUCAAAUAUAUCUGAUUUUGUUGGCAAGCCUGUUUUUCAUGCUGAACGCAUCUAUGAUCAGACACCAGUUGGAGUGGUUAUGGGUCUUGCAUGGACUGCAAUGGGUGGUUCAACACUCUAUAUAGAGACAACCCUAGUGGAGCAAGGAGAGGGAAAAGGAGCCCUCCAUCUCACUGGGCAGCUUGGAGAUGUCAUGAAGGAGAGUGCCCAGAUAGCCCACACAGUUGGUAGAGCGAUAUUGCUCGAGAAAGAGCCAAAUAAUCCCUUCUUUGCUAAUUCAAAACUUCACCUCCAUGUGCCUGCUGGGGCCACACCUAAGGAUGGGCCAAGUGCGGGCUGCACCAUGAUCACAUCAAUGCUGUGUCUAGCCAUGAAAAAGCCUGUAAAGAAGGACCUAGCAAUGACGGGGGAAGUAACUUUAACAGGGAGGAUCCUUCCAAUUGGUGGGGUCAAAGAGAAGACCAUAGCUGCAAGGAGGAGCAAUGUGAAGACACUGAUAUUCCCUUCAGCUAACAGGAGGGACUUUGAUGAGCUUUCUGCCAAUGUGAAAGAAGGCCUUGAAGUUCACUUUGUAGAUGAUUACAGUCAAAUAUCCAAUUUGGCUUUUGGUGGUGACCAGGAUGCAGAAAAAUAAAUUAUGCUUGCUUCAAUGUGUUUUCCUUGGAGUCCCUAUCUUUUUGGGCACCUUAAGUAAAACAUUUCUCGGUGUGCAUGUUUCUUACUGAGCCAUUGGCAAUUUUGUAGGUGCGAAUCUAAUCACCAUUUCCAGAACUUGGCAGCAAAGAGGUUUGACAACUGGAAAUUUUCAAGCUUUAAUAGUCACUUGUUGCAGGCAAGAUCCUUCAUAUGUUUGUUUAAAAUUAUUUACAGCUGAGGAAGACAUUAGAGGGUUUUGUUAACUGUUUGACCCAGGGAUGAUUUGCCAUUAUUUAUUCUCCCUUGUAAAAUCACUCAUUAUGUAAUAAUAUGCUUAUAAUUUUGAAGU